CAAUAUAAAAGUAACAAUUAUUAUUAUUAUGUCGAAUGGCAUUUAAAUCAAAAUCAAAUUGAUUCGGCACCGUGGUGUUUAAACCUAUUAAUAAUAAAUGGCUGGAUUAGCAGAUCUACAGAAGCUAUCAAUAUCAGACGAACUAAUUAAUAGUGGAAUUUCAGAGGAUAUAGGGGAGAUUUGGCGAAGUGGUUAUACUAACCAAAAUGAAGAAAAACAUGAUCAAUGUACCCUGGCUUUGCAUGAAGCAUGUCAGAGUGGGGAUGUAUCGGAAGUUAGGGAUAUUCUUAGCGAAGGAAGAGCAGAUUUGAAUGCAUUAAUUGCAGGUCAUAGGGCUUUGAGGACAGCCUUGCAUAAAGCAUCAUCCUAUGGUCAUACUGAUGUAGUUAGAUUAUUAUUAAAGGCUGGUGCUGAGCCGGACAAGGCUAGUAGUGUUCAGCGAACUGCGCUGCAUGAAGCAUGCAUGGGUGGUCAUGUAGAGACAUUAUUGCAGUUAGUGAAAUAUACUAAAGACAUUGAUCACCAAGACUCCCAUGGACAGACGGCAGCACACAGUGCAGCCUAUCAUGGUGAAACAAAGUGUUUGAAAGUACUUAUUGAUAAUGGUUGUGAUAUAAACUUUCAAGAUGCUGAAAUGUGCACACCAGCUCAUCUUGCUGUGAAAAAAAAACAUUUUGAAACACUACAAUGUUUACUGGAGACAGACAAAAUGGACAUUCUAAAAGCAGACAAGCAAAGCAGGACCUCAGUUCACUAUGCAGCAAUCUAUGGCAGCAUAAAUUGCCUGAAAGUUUUUAGGAAAUUUAAAGUUGACUUGAAAGCAACUGAUAAUAAUGGUGCAACAACUGCACACCAUGCUGCUGCUGGAGGCCACUUGGAGUGCUUGCAAUUUCUCACAAAAGUUGGGAUUACAAUUGAUUGGAAGGAUAGCUUUGGAAAGACAAGUGCUCAUUAUGCUGCUCAAAGAGGAUCAUCAGAAUGUCUACACUGGUUACUAGAACAAGGAGCAAACUCAAGUUCUGUUGAUGGUAUGGGCAACACUCCAGCCCAUUGUGCAGCACCAGGACAUAUGGCAGCAAUGAACUGUCUGAUAAAUCAUGGUACUGAUACCACAGUAACAAACCAUCAGGGUGACACACCAGAUAUGUUGUCCAGAAAACAUGGUCACACACAGGCUUACCAAAAAGCAGUCAACAGUGAAAUAAAGUGUCCAUAUUGUGUGAAGCAAAAAGCACAAGCAGAAUAUGACUUGAAGCAUCAGCCUUCUGAAGUUGAAAAGAACAUUAAGCUCGAAGAAAGAGUUAUAUUCAAAACACCUGUAAAAACAAGAUCAUCAUCAUCACAUGCCAGUGAUGCCACAAGUCAACAGAAAGGCCAGCCAAAGCAAUCAAAAAGCCAAACCUCAAUUAAAGCUACAGGCAGUAAAAGAGACCUCUCUUCCCAAUAUUAUGGUGACCAUUUGUUUACAUUAAAUGGAAAAUAACCAUUGGUUACAGUCUACAAACAGCUUUCCAGUUAUGUAUCAGAAUUAAAAAAGUGGUUUUUAAAGUAUGAUUGCUCAUUGAUUGAUAUGAUUGUCCGUGCUGAGUAUUCCCUAAGGAUGAUAUAUUCCCAUUUCCCAAGGCCUCGCCCAAUCAUCACAUAGUACAAAUGUUUUUUGAUGGAACAAUAACAAUUUGGAACAAGGAAUCAAGGAACCAGGAACAAGGGACCAGGAAAGUGCAAUUUACUUUUCCUUACUAAAAUAUAAACAAUAGAAACUUCGUACAAAGUAAACAUUUUGAAAAAUAUAAUAUAAUAGAAUAUAAUAUAAUAGCCUUUCAUAACUGAAUUGGAGUGAAAAACUGCACGAUGUGUUCAAAUGAAGCGGAAUAUAUGUACAUUGAUUGAUUUGUACAGGAAAUGCCAUUCAAUGUAAAGAUAUUCACACACGUUUUAAAUGAAAUAUGUUUGAAAAUAUACCGUCGAACAGGGAUUUCUACUGCUUAUAAUUUUCCGCUCCUACGACAAUCGAAAAAAGAUAUAACACUCGUACAAGUUUGAAAACGAGGUAGUCUUAACUCACUUUUCCAAAAC